ACAAUCAUGAUCUCGGCCGGUCUCUUUGGAACCACGGCCCAUCUGAACAGCCUGGCGCAGAAAUCCAGGUUUAUCUAUUUCGCAGAGAAUCACACCACGGAAAUUUACACGGGAUCCGCCUCUCCGGCGCUUUGUAACGGCACCUACUUUGAACUCAACGGAUCCCGUUUUUGCAACGAGACUCGGGCUUUCUCCCUCGUGGACAAAUCGGAGCAGCAGCAGUACGUGAUAGGUCUUUUCCUCUCGUGCCUUUACACGGUAUUCCUCUUUCCCAUCGGCUUUGUGGGGAACAUCCUGAUCUUGGUGGUGAACAUCAGUUUCCGCGAGAAGAUGACCAUCCCCGACCUCUACUUCAUUAACCUGGCGGCGGCCGACCUCAUCCUGGUGGUAGACUCCCUCAUCGAAGUGUUUAACCUGGACGAGAAAUACUACGACAUUACCGUCCUCUGCACCUUCAUGUCCUUGUUUCUGCAAAUCAACAUGUACAGCAGCAUCUUCUUCCUCACCUGGAUGAGCUUCGACAGGUACAUCGCCCUGGCCAAAGUCAUGAAGUCCAACAUCUUCCGCACCAUGGAGCACGCCAGGCUCAGUUGCGGCCUCAUCUGGCUGGGCUCCAUCUCGGCGGCCUUGGUGCCCUUCACGGCCGUCCACCUGCAACACUCGGGGGAGAUACACUUCUGCUUCGCGGACGUGGCGGAAAUCCAGUGGUUAGAAAUCACGGUGGGCUUUAUCAUCCCGUUCGCCAUCAUCGGCCUCUGCUAUUCGUUGAUUGCCCGGGUGCUGAUCAGCGCCCACAAACACCGAAGCUUGCGCCUUCGCCGUCAGAAAGCCCUGCGCAUGAUUUUCGUGGUGGUCCUGGUCUUCUUCAUUUGCUGGCUGCCGGAAAACGUCUUUAUUAGCGUGCAGCUUCUCCAGAAGACCGGAGAGUCUUCCUCCAAAGGCCGGUCUUUCAGACAUAACUACCCCUUAACGGGGCAUAUAGUAAACCUUGCCGCCUUCUCCAACAGCUGUUUGAACCCGCUGAUCUACAGUUUCCUAGGCGAGACUUUCAGGGACAAACUGAAGCUGUACAUUGAGCAAAAGACCAAAGUCUCCAUCUUGAACCGUCUUUGCCACGCGACCCUGAAAUCGGUCAUUUCUGACAGUACUGAACAAUCGGAGGUUUAGGCU